GACAUUUUUUUCUCUUUGUUUCAGCUUCCAUUAAUUCCUAGUUCUAAUUAUUCGAGUUGUAGUGGUGUGAAGCCACAAGUGUAUAUUCUACGGCCAAGCAAAAAAGGCUUCAUGUCAUCAAAAAACCAAGACAAAUCUGAUGAUGAAAAUCGAUUUUGCAUAAAGAAGAUCAUGUACUGGGAAAUAUACGGUGUAAAACGUUUUCCGUACCGGGGAAAGCGCAAGUUUACACCUUUACUUUACCAAUCUUUAGAUGGUGGAAUGAUGAUAACAAAUGAUGUUUUUGGACUAACAAUUAAACAGUUUGAACGAACGUAUCAAGUUUGCUUAGAAAAAAGGAAAACAAGAGAACAGUGGAUACUGAACCUUAGAUAUCCUGACAAAUCUUCAAAUGAAUAUCUGGAAUUCUUACAAAAUUGUAACGACACUGAGAAAGAUACUUUGCUUUUACUUGGAAGAAACUCGAUGGAGAAAUACUUAUACAAACAACUAGCAAUAGCAGUUGGUACUGAACUAGAUAUACGAAACAAACAACGACUAUGUAUCAUACAUGAUAGAAUCGCCAAUGUGUGUGCUAUUGAUCAGCGUCACACACACAUAACAAGUGGAAGUUUGGCAGAAGGCCUUGCUUUGCCAGACAGUGACAUAGAUACAAUGCACGUUUUAAAUAACAUAGACUUAAUAAAGGACGAAAGGAAUAUCAAACAUCCAAUUAACAGUGAUAUAGCGGUUAUGGAGACAGCCAUUGACCAUCCUGGAUUUACUAGAAUCAGAAUUAUAGCACAAACGGAUCGAAAUUCCUGGUUCAAUGUAAAAUGUAACUGUCCUCCAAAAACAUGUAGAGGUGCUUAUUUUUCGGUUGAUGACUUUCUUGGUUAUUACAUACAAAGAUACGGAUAUGGCAAACGUGUAAGUAUACAUGGUCCAUGUAUAUCCAAUCUAAGUAGGACUGAAGACGAGGCAUUCUGCAUAAGAAGUAAGUAUUUACCUCACAAUGCAAUUCAAUGGACAGUCCGUCAUCGACGACAAUGGCCGUCUAAUUUCGUAAUCAACAGGAUCAAAAGUUAUGGAUGCUUGAUAGUGGCUAUCGGUCCUAAAACUAUUUCAGAUCGUUACUUAUGGAGAUUUUCUUUCUCUGUAGCAGAAAAAAUACUUGUACAUUCGUUUAAUUUCACUCAACUCCUUUGUUACAGUCUACUCAAGUUAACAUUUAAGCGUAUUGUAAACACAGAUAAUGAUGUAAAGGACUUAGUGUGUUCUUACUUUCUGAAGACGGCUCUAUUUUGGGUCUCAGAGGAGGUGGAUAUUGACACCUUUCAAAUACCAAAAUUGUUUCAUUGUUUUUCACUCUGUCUUGAUAAAUUGAUAUCAUGGGUAAAGAUCUGCUACUGUCCGAACUAUUUUAUACCUGAACAUAAUAUGUUCCUAGGGACGAUCAGUGAGAGUAACAGUAAGAUAUUAAUGCGUGCUCUUGAGAAUAUAAAGCAUGAAGGGAUUGGUGGAUUGCUAAUGGGUUUAUUUCCACCUGACAAUGAAAGUACAAAGAGUGAAUCUUCUUUAGUUAUGUUAGACUGUUUAUUUUACAAGAUUGCAAACAGGAUACCAGUACCAAAAGACAUUUUAGGUUGCCAUAACUAUCUAUCAUUUACCGAAUCGUUACUUAUGUCCGAAUCGUCUACAUUUGUAAGUGAUGUAUGUAAGUAUCAUUAUGCUAAAAUCAGCCAAAUUGUAGCACAAUUUUUACCGCCACCAAAAUCUGUAAGUAAAUCGUACAGCAUAUCUGCUCGUUAUCAUAGACAUUUACAGAACGGCACCGAAACAGAUGCUGUGUCAGGUUGGUUGUUAUACGCGUCGUUUUAUUAUGUUACAGGACAGUUUAAUGUUACACUCAGACUAGCGGAGUAUGUUCUAUCAAGAUGUUCACCUGAUAUGAUGAGGGAUGAUGAUUACGAGUGUGAAAAACACAGAAAUUGUUACCGACAAAAUGUACAUUCUAAAAUGAAAUUAAAUGAAAGGAUGAAAAUAGCUACUAUAGCUCAUGUCAAAUACAUUCGGAACUCAUCAUUGAUUCCAUCAGAACUGAAGCUGGAGGUUGAAGAUGAAGAUAUACACGUACCGCCUAAUGUUAUGUCUCAUUGUCUAAGAUGUCUAUGCUUUCAUCGUCUUGGUGAUUCAGAUAAAAGACAACAAGCUUUACGUGAUUUAUAUUUAAUAGUGACAGACAAUUGUUCAUUUACAGUUUCACAUAUAUAUAUUUCCUUAAUAUUACUUGGUGUAUGCUAUGAAAUAUCUGGUGAUAAAGACAGAGCCUAUCAGUGUUACGAGGAAGCUUUGCAACGUAAUAGAUCCCAAUCUAGUAUCACAGCAGUAAAAAGGAUAUCAAAACUUGAUUGCAAUUAAUAUGAAACUUGAUUGUGUAAAUUCAUAUUGUGUUUCUUAUAUCAGACUUCUUAACAAUUAAAAAACUCUUAACUUUGUGAUACUGACUUCAAACACAUCACAAAUACAUUUAAUUUAGCUAUGCCUAACAAUUGAUAAUGAAUAUUUCAUUUCCGUAAAUGAAUUAUCUGAUUCCGUGCCUUCCCUUUAGUUGGUAAUGAUGUAUUAGAUUAGGAAAAAUAGUAUACAUGUUAUGAGAAAAGUGUACAAUGUGAUUUAUGUUUAUGU